UUCAUUAUAGCAACCAUUUUGAAUUUGGUGUAUGACUCAAUUUCUUCCACCAAAUUUAUUGGCAUUAUUUGCCCCGAGAGAACCCAUACCUUAUCUUGCACCUCUUGUAAAAUUAUCACAUGAACGGAGAAGAAUUCCUUAUUCUGGAAUCGGAAAUUUUGUCAAAUUCUUUGAUCCACUAAAAGAGUUUCCUCCUCCAGUUAAACAAGAGACAAGAGCGGAAAGAAGAGAACGCAAAAGACGGGAAAAAAUUGAACAAAUGGCAUAUGUUAUUGAGCAAGGAAUUGCACUAUGGAAUCCACUUAAUAACACUCGAUCUACUCAAGAUCCAUAUAGAACACUUUUUGUAGCUAGAAUUAAUUUCGACACAUCUGAAUCUAAACUUAAAAAGGAAUUUUCAGAGUUUGGUGCUAUAAAAAAGAUUUAUUUAAUUCAUAAUAAAAUAAAUGGAAAACCAUUGGGGUAUGCUUUUGUUGAAUAUGAUCAUGAAAGAGACAUGCAUGCUGCUUAUAAAAGGGCAGAUGGUAGAAAAAUUGAUGGUAGAAGAGUAAUAGUUGAUGUUGAAAGAGGGAGGACUAUUAAAGGUUGGCUUCCAAGAAGAUUUGGGGGAGGGUUAGGUAAUAGCCGAAAAGGUCCAAAUGAUGCAAUCACUCCAGAAACAGCAUCAAGACAUGGUAGCAGGGAAAAAGAUAAAGACAGGCACAGGGCCUCCAGUCACAGCAAGCGUAAAAGAAGUCGUUCACGUUCAAGGAGCCGAGAAAAGCGUAAACAUGACCCUAUUCCUAAGAAGGAACACAAUGGUUCUCCCGAAAUUAAAAAGGAGAAACUCGAUGGUGAGCAAGUCGAUCUUAAAAAGGUUAAGAAGGAAAAGAAAAACAAAAGAAGUCGUAGUAAGGAAAACAAAAAGCGUCGAAGUCGAAGCAAAGAAAAAGAUAGGUCCAAAAAAGAUCGUCAUCGGGACAAGGAUAGAUCAUCCAAGAAACUGGUAUCUGACGAUAGCAAACAAAGCACAUUACCUCUACAACCAAAUGAUAUUAAAAAAGAAAAGAUGGAUCCUGGAUAUGACAAAUACAUAGGCAAUGAUUUUGUGUUCAACAACUCUAAUGAUCAACCACAAGAUAUAUCUGAACAAAAUAACAAUGAAAUGGAUAGCUUAGAACGCUAUUAUUAUAAUACGAAUGAAGAGAAUGGAGACAAUACAGAUGUAACUAUGAACGACAAUAUUGUAGAACAACAGAAUAAAAUUAAUCAAAUUUAUUGAUACAAUUUUCUUUUUUUAUAGAUAUGGUUAUAUAUUUAAUUUAUGUAUAAUAUUUAAAUGGUUGUAAAAAAAAUCCUUAUAUAUAAUACAUAGUCUGUGAUUCUGUG